UUUUCCAAAAGAACAUUCUCAGGAAAGAAGAAUCCUUUGUCUUUCUUGUUGCCAUGGAAGAACACGAAGAGAAAACCAUCGUCACCAAGUUCGCAAAAUCCAAAUUUUUCUUUCCCAAAGUUAUUCGCAUUUCAGCAACGGAUCACAACGCCACAGACUCCUCUAGCGAAGAAGAAGACGAAGAAAGGAAGCUUCUUCACCUUCACAGAGUUAAGAAAGUGGUUAGUGAGAUAAGAAUUGUGCAUGCAAACAAAACGAAAGGACACAACAAAAACAUCAACAAUAAUACUGAUUGUUGUUGUUCGACCAAAUACAAGAAAACCAUGGAACAACACCACCAACAAGAAAAAACAGAGCAACAAGAAAAAACAGAGUCCAAGUUUCGCGGCGUGCGGCAACGGCCAUGGGGGAGGUGGGCCGCCGAGAUAAGAGACCCUUUCCAGCGGAAGCGAGUGUGGCUUGGAACCUUCGACACGGCGCAAGAAGCUGCUAUGGUUUACGACAGAGCUGCUAUAAGCUUCAGAGGUGCUGAUGCUGUCACCAAUCUCAUCAAACCACCUGUGAAAGACUGUGAAAGUGUUGCUAAACCGAAGAGUUGUUGUGCAUGCGCUUCACCCACUUCUGUUCUGUUGUUUCAGCCAUGGAUGGAACCUUUGUCUUUGGAAGAAACCUUCAAAGAAGAAGUGUUUGAUGGGUUAAACUAUGAAGUUGAUAGUUUAUUGUUUUCUGAUCAUGCUCUUUAUGAGCAACCUCUUCCUACUGUGUUUUCUAACGUUGAUGUUUCUUUGGAUGAGGAUCUUGAAUCAUGUAAAUGGGAUGUAGAUAGUUUUUUCAGUGAUGAAGCUUUUCAAUAAUGAGAUGUGGAUUAUUUCUAAUUGGGUUAUAUUUCUUUUUCUUUUU